AUGGGUUUUUGGGAACUAUUGGCGGUGGCAUGUAAUCCAAUUAUUCAAGUCCUACUUGUGAGUGCAGUGGGAGUUUAUAUGGCAUCUGAUAAAUUUGAUAAUUUUCUCUCAGAAAAUUUUCGAAGAUCCUUGAACAAGCUUGUGUUCAUUGCAUUCACUCCAUCACUUAUAUUUGCAAGUUUUGCAAGGAGUGUUUCUCUUGAUGAUAUGAUAUCAUGGUGGUUUAUGCCGGUUAACAUUGGAUGUACCUUUGUAAUUGGAGGGUUUCUUGGGUGGUUAAUUGUAAAAUUACUAAAGCCAAGCUUGAAAGUUGAAGGCCUUAUUAUUGCUGCUUGUUCAACAGGCAAUAUGGGUAAUCUUCCAGUUGUAAUAAUCCCAGCAAUAUGUUAUGAAAAAGGAGGUCCAUUUGGUGAAAGAGAAAAAUGCAGAGUCAGAGCACUUGCAUAUGCUUCCUUCUCCUUGGCGGUUGGUGGCAUAUUCAUUUGGACCUUUACUUACCAAUUAGUAAGAGACAGAGCCAUGAAAUAUAAGGCAUGGGAAGCUGCUCAAAUCUUGAAGAUUCCCAACAAAAACUAUGAUGAUGCUAACACACAAACAAGCCUUCUCAAAGGGAAUCAAAAUCAAAACACAAACAGAGACACUGAGAACCAAAUUAUUCUAGAUCAAGUUCCACAAUCGUGUUGGCAAGGAUUGGUUGAAACUGUGAGCCAAAUAGUCUCAGAACUAUUGUCACCCCCAACAGUUGCUACAUUUUUAGGUUUCAUCUUUGGUGGGGUUGACUGGCUCAGGAGCCUAAUAAUUGGAGAAGAUGCUCCAUUGAGAGUGAUCCAAGAGACCAUUCAGUUGCUAGGGGAAGGGACAAUUCCUUGCAUCACCAUUUUGCUUGGUGGCAACCUCACUCAAGGCAUGAAAUCAUCCACUAUAGAACCACUGACACUGAUUAGUGUGGUCUUAGUUAGACUUUUCUUAUUACCUUCAAUUGGACUUUACAUUGUGAGAGGAGCUGCAAGUUUAGGGUUUCUUCCAUUAGAUCCUUUGUUUCAGUAUGUCCUUGUCAUGCAGUAUGCCAUGCCACCUGCAAUGAAUAUUUGUACCAUGACUCAGCUAUUUGAUGCAGGCACUGAGGAGGCCUCAGUUAUUACCUUGUGGACAUAUUGUGCUGCAACUAUAUCCCUCACACUCUGGUCAACCACCCUUUUAUAUGUAUUAACUUAA